AGCUCGACCCAUUGACAUUCACGGACUUCCAGUGGAUGCCCGUUCCCUCGACCGGACGAUUGCCAAAACCGCAUUGCAAUGUGCUUAUGGCACAAUUGCGGGACUACUUGCACACUGAAGUACCAGCUCCGUUGAUGGACGUCGGAGCAGAGGUUGUCGACCUUCUCGCGUAUAUCGCGAAGAUCGACCGCGAGUUCAAGACGCAACGGUACGACGACAUCGACGCACCAUUGCUAUACGUACGCAUUCAGAUCGGAGAGGCGACCUGCAGUGCCUUGAUCGAUUACGGAGCAUCUCGCAACUAUAUCAGCCAGGACUUCAUGGUACGCGCCGGCCUUGGCCCACGUGUCCGGAGGAAGUGCCAGCCUACGCAAGUCACUCUGGCAGACGGUCAUACGCACAAGUCCAUCGACCGGUGCACUGACGCCGUCCCAGUGUACUUUGCCCCUCAUGCAAGUGAGGCGGUGUCCUUUGACAUUCUGGACACCAAAUUCGACAUGAUCUUGGRCAUGUCAUGGCUGCGAAGCAAGGAUCACCCGGUGAACUUCUUCAACCGCACCGUUCACAUUCGUGAUUGGAACGGAGUAUUAGUUCCAUGCACGGUGCCUCUUCCUCACCCUUCGAUUAACUGCCACGUGGUAUCCGCCGCAAGCAUGCGAGCUUCCAUCAUCAGAGACAACAUCGAGGAGAUGGGGGUGUGUUUUUUCCACACCCUCCCGCCACAUGACGCUUCAUCGACGGACUCACCUUCGGAUCCACACAUCAUCGAACUUCUCGACGCCUACAGCGACGUGUUUGAAGGCCCGCACGGAGUAGUACCGGAUCGACCCAUCCGCGACGAGAUCAUCCUCGAGGACGGGGCCGUACCUCCGCGUGGUUGCAUCUACCGAAUGAGCGAGGAAGAGUUAAGUGUGCUUCGGGCACAACUCGACGACCUUCUGGAGAAAGGCUGGAUUCGGCCUAGCUCAUCGCCAUACGGUGCUCCUGUUCUCUUUGUCCGGAAGAAGAACAAAGACCUGCGGUUGUGCAUCGAUUAUCGCAAGCUCAAUGCGCAGACGAUCAGGAACGUCGGCCCUCUCCCACGCAUCGACGACCUUCUCGAGCGAUUGGGCGGCGCCCAGUUCUUUUCCAAGCUGGAUCUCAAGUCAGGGUACCACCAACUCGAGAUUCGCAAGGAGGACCGUUACAAGACCGCAUUCAAGACACGGUAUGGGCAUUUCGAAUGGCUGGUUAUGCCAUUUGGCCUUACGAAUGCCCCGGCCACUUUCCAAGUGGCUAUGACAACGGAGUUCCGACACAUGCUGGAUCGAUACGCCAAGUACAAAGCCAACCGCGACAAGUGUGAAUUCGCGCGGCAGGAGCUGGAGUACUUGGGCCAUUAUGUGACGCCGCAAGGCAUCCGUCCGCUCGCGGACAAGAUCGAGGCCCUACAAGUAUGGCCCAAGCCCACCAACACCACGGACGUUCGUUCAUUCAUGGGAUUGGCGGGCUACUAUCAGCGAUUCAUCACCGGAUACUCCAGGAUUGUUGCACCUAUGACAAGGUUACAGUCGCCAAAGGUGCCAUUCGUAUUCGAUGACGACGCACGCCGGUCAUUCCAAGCACUUAAGACGGCCAUGCUCAUGGCACCCGUCCUCAGCAUCUACAACCCCACCUUGCCGACGAGAGUGACUACGGACGCUUCCGGCUAUGGCAUUGGGGCAGUCUUGGAACAGCACGACGGCGACAACUGGCACCCUAUGGAGUAUUUCAGCCACAAAGUGUCUCCCAUCAACUCGCUGGAUGAUGCAAGAAAGAAGGAGCUACUCGCGUUCGUCAUGGCUCUCAAGCGAUGGCUACACUUCCUCCUUGGGCAUCGUAGGUUCACAUGGGUUACGAACAACAAUCCAUUGACCUACUACAAGACACAGGAUACGGAGGCCAAGGGCAAGGAGGUCAAGGACAAGGAGGACAAGGCACUGGUGGUCAAGGACAAGGAGGUCGAGGGGGUGGCGGUCAAGGAAGUAACGGCAGGGGACGCGGUGGUGGAUGGAAUGGCCAAGGAGGUCAGGGCCAAGGCGGCCAAGUUAGUCAAGAAGGGGGCCAAGGAUAUGGGAGGCCCCGCUUUGAUUGGCAAAAUGACGUUUGCCGGCAUUGUGGUAUUGUGGGCCACACUAUACGGUUUUGCCAGCAGCGGCGGGACGAUGACCUCACUGGCGCAGAGUCAGGCGCCUCCUCAAAGGAGACCCGAUCCCGAGCGUAGGAAAGAAGUGGUAGAGGUCCCGGAGGAAGAAGAAGAGGAGGAUGACGAUACGGAGGACGAGAGAUUCCGACAAGAGGAGGAUCGGCGGACGAAAUUGAGAGUCCAAGGGAGGGGGAUCCAGGAGGAAGCUGAGCCAGGUCAGCAGGACAGCGCGCUUAAGAAAAGGAAGUAUGCAGUCAGGCUAGAGGAAGACUUUGAUGUGGAGAGAAUGGUGGAUAGGCUCCUCGAGGGUCAUAAUGACCUUAUGAACCUAAAAGAUAUUUUGGCGUCCGCCCCAAGGCUCCGAGAUGGUUUAAAAGGACAAUUAUCUCAGAGGUUAAUGCCCAACGUCCAUUUAAGUGCGAUCCUGCCAAGGGAGGUAGGAUGGACAAAAGUUGUAACAAGGAUGGACUGGAAGUGUGCAACAUACGGGUUGGUGGAUUUGGUGGUGAAAAAGAAGAAGUGUGUUGCAAUGAUGGAUACGGGCGCCGAGAUGAACAUCAUCAGAGAAAGGGAUGCCCUCAUGCUCGGACUGGAAAUUGACCGUGCGGACCAUGGCGUAUUGCAUGGGGCUAAUUGCAAGGCAGUUUUUUGUGGCAUGGCAUCCAAUGUAAUUAUAGAAAUUGGCAAGGUGCGGGCGAGGACUUGCUUCUUCGUCAUGCCAGACGUCGAUCACCCUAUCCUCCUUGGUAGAUCGUUCAUGUGCAGGACGCAGACUUUGAUCUUCAAUAAGCACAAUGGAACGAUAAUAUUACUCUUGAGUGAUCCGGCUUGUGGGAACUAUGAGGUUAUCACCUGCCGGAACACGGGGCCAGGGAGCGAGCGAAAUAGGCCUAAUCCCAGCUCAUUCACCUUUGUAGAGUCGGAGAAUGAGCGGCGGAAGCUUUGGGAAGAGUCCGAGGAGAAAGGAAGAGCGGAGGUGCUAUCACUAAGCCUCACAGAUGUAAACAAGGCUAUGGAGAUAGUGGCGGUACACGAGAUGGAAGAUUUGGAGGCAAUCAAGGCGCUGAGGGAGCAAGUCUUGGAAAGCCCUCAGGUGGGGGAAGUAGAGUUGAUCUAUCGGCUUCCCGGAGGAAGGGGAGGCCCUGCGAUGGCGCAGGCACAAACUACAAGCCGACCUUUUUUAGGGGACGACUUAAGCAGGGUGCCCAAAGGCGGUACAAGACGGUCUGACUUCUCGAAGACAGCCAUGCAGAGGGGCGGGAGGGACACAUGGCCACGACGGAGACCGCUUGGGGCAUCCGGAGAGGGAGAGUGGCAUGAGCCCUUCAGGAGAGAGCCUACACCCGUCUUUGAUGAUGACAACAUCGAGCUCUUCCUGGACGUUUAUCGGGAUCAUGCGACCCAGAGGGGGUGGGACGUGCUUGAGAGAAUACGACAUUUGAGAGGGAUUGAGCGAUUUGAGGAGCCUGUUGCACAGAAAAGGGAGGAGGCACUGACCUGGCCGGAGGUGGAAGCAAGAAUGCAAAGGCUAAGGGCUUCACCUGUGGGGCGUGAUGGAUUGCCUAUUCAGGUGGAAGAGGGAAAUGUAGAAGAGUUCAUCCCAGCAUAUGAGCAACAGGAGGAUAAGGCACGGGGACCAGAAGAGGGAUGGAGGACUGAGCCCAGCGUGGUCAUUGAUUCGCGCUUAGCCGCACAUGCAUCUGAACACCCUGAUAUGGUGCCUAUUCCGGUUGGGCCAUCAUCUGGGUCACCGCACGUCGAGCCUGAAAGAGGCGCGCAAGCUCCAGCCUGGGAGGUUCGUGGAGUGAGGGUAGAAAGGGUGUCAGAUGAGACUGCAGAGGCAAAGUUUGCUUGGGUACAGGCCCGCCUUGCAGAGAUACAUGAGCGGAGGGACAGGAUGGAGGCUGCAGGGAUAGCGCCGACACCACCGGUUGACCCCAAGACGAGCGAGCAAAGGAUUGACGAGCUGUGGGCCAGAUAUGAGAGUCGAAGGGAGGCAGCUCACCAGAGGUCACAAGCGACAGGGCAUACAAAUGAGAGGGCAGAUGAGGCGAUAGAGAUUGGAGAGUUGAGAUGUUCUGCCGCCAGGAGGACCAUCGAGCGGGUGGACAAAAGGAUACGACAAACAACCACUAUAUCCUUCCAGAGGUAUGGCAUUCAGGACGAAGGGAUGCAGGGACUGCUUGGCCAGGGAGAGGCGGUAGAGACAGCUCAACAGAAAAAGUUAAAGAAGGUGUUUCUGGACCCGGCUGAGGUAGAGGCGAGGAGAGAGGCUAACAAGGGAAGUUUUGAGUUCAAGGCUCCCACUGAGUUAGCCUCGCGGCAAGAGGCCCCUAUUUCAGCUAAGGACCCUAUAGAGGUGCCAACUCAGGAGCCUCAGCCUGCACCUACAGAAGAAGAACCUGCAGAAGAGUCGCUUACGAUCCUUUUGGAAGUGCAGGAAGGGACCCCUACUGGAGCAAUGGUACCCCCUCAAUCUGAGGCACAAGGGAGAGAGUCGUCGCGUCUGGACGAGUUGGUGGCCGCCAUGGAGGUAGAUAUACCACCAGAGAGGCCUCAGAGAGUGGAGACCCCGGAGCAUGUGCCGGAAAUGAGGGAGCUGAAGACACAGUUGGGCUCCUGGGCCACUGAGACUGACUCAGGAGGACAGGCCACUGAGCGACAACAGCAGGAGGCCACGAGCCAGUCCCCGAGCGCAGUUACUCCCCAGACUUCGGAGCCUUGCAAGAGUGAGGAAGUGGCUGUGACAGAGAGGACCCAUGGGGGCAGGCCACUAAGAUUGGAUACUCCCGAGUACGGGCCCGAGGGAAGUGAGAGGCGAGGGGAGCCGAGUGCUCAGGGACCUGGGGAAGGGGCCGAGGAGUCGUGGCACCUGCCUCAGAGCCAUGAAGUGGGCAGGGAGACAGGAGAGGCACUCCCGUCGUCUGGGGCCCAGAAAAAGAAGAGGAAGUUUCAGAGAAAGUCGGAGGCUAUGUGCUUCUACUUUCUGGAUGGUAUGCACAGGGCCCUAGAGUGUCCUAAGUUCUUCAAGGAUAAGGGCGCGAGACGGGUUACUGAGCGGGAUGGAAGGAUGUACGAUAGACAGGGUCGAGUGGUGGAGAGAGCUCCAGACGGAGGUAGGGCUCAGUUGUAUAGGCAAAACCAGGAGAAGAUGACCGCCAUUGCUGCAACUGCACAGAGAGGAAGGAAGAGGAGGAGGGACGGGGAGGAGGUGGCAUACGAGGACGAGAGAGGAGGUCCCUGGGCGAACGAGAGAGACAGACAGCCGCCCAGGGAGGAGGAGGUUGUUGGGGGGGAAGGGCGAAGAGGAGGUGACCUAUCCAAGGUGAACGAGAGAGACAACCAAGCUUCAAGUACAGACAGCAUGACGAAGAAGCAUUCCGGGUCUGUGAAGAAACACUUCACAGAUUUGGGCUUUGUGGGGGAUGUGAAUAAAGGGAACAAAGAUUGGCAGUGCAAUUACUGCGACAAGACUCUUCAGGGCGCCGCCACCAGGCUGAGGAAGCACUUCAUCAACGGGGGGAGGGCGUGUAAAGUGCAGCAGUUGAAAGGGACUAUAUCAAGGGAGGAGCUAUUGCAGAGGGAAAGGGGGAGGAAAGCUGCGAUAGCUGAGAUUGAAGGGAGGGCAGAUGAUGCCACAGAGUGUUGUGAGGAUGAAGCGAUUGUAGUGGAGGAGGAUAUGCCUCCUCAUGCCGGUAGAGAGGGUGGCGAGCCCAUGAAACGCCUACGGCAACCCACCAUCUUGCAGACGGGUGCUGUUAUUGACAAGCAUGAGGAAACAUAUGCCAAGUACGAUAAGGCGAGGACAACACGUGUGGAGAAAACCAAAACGAGAAUCACGGCAAGGGUGGAGGAGUUAAGGAAAGAGUGGGUGACCACCGGAUGCAUGCUGCAGCUCGACGGAUGGACUGACCGGUGUCAUUUUUUGGCGGAGGUUCGCUGCAAAAAGGGGGCUGCUGCUUACUACAAGAUUUUGAAGAAAGCGAUCGAGGAGGUAGGGAAAGAAUCGGUCGUCGGUGUGGUGAUGGAUAACGCAGCAGUCUGUGCAGCUGCAGGGAGAAUGGUGGAAGCGGAGUUCGGCCACAUUUUCUCGGUGCCGUGCACUGCGCAUAGCAUUGACUUAGUGCUGGAGCAGUUUGCGAAGAUUGGGUGGGUCGACAAUGUUUUGAAGAAGGCGACGGAGGUGGCAAAGUUCUUCACGAACCACGSCAAAGUUCGGGACYUGCUCACAAUUUAUUCCAAAGGAAUAGUUGUGGCAAAACCGGGGGCAACCCRGUUUGYGACCAACUUCAUUAUGCUCGAUAGUKUGCAGGAGCUGUACUUGUCACUUCGCGCAUGUAUCACUGACCCUGAUUGGAAGCCGAACAUUGUGAACCAAUCACAGCGACACCUUUUYGAGAACGCCACUGACYUUGUUCUUGACGAYAAGUUCUGGGCAGGAGUUGAGAAGGUCCAGUCGACGUCGAAGGAGCUGCUACUGCUUCUGAAGUUUGUGGAUGGCGAGGGUCCGACAAUCAGCAAGGAGAAAGAUGAGCCAGAAGAAAUCAUAAUGCGACGGUGGAACACCAUGACAUCGCCUCUUCACUGUGCAGGGAUGUUCUUGGACCCAGAGUAUCGCAGGUCCAAGCUGGAGAAAGAUGCAGAGGUGAUGGACGGGCUUUGGACUUGGGUGUACUCGUGGUGCAAGCCGGACAUGUAUCGGGACAUGGAUGAGGAGGUGGACCGGUGGAUUGAUGGUUUGGGGAGGUUUAAUUCAGAAGAGGCAAGAGCAGCGGCACGAGGGGAGCAGCCAGCAAGGUGGUGGCGGAAAUGGUGCAGUGAGAUCCCGAACUUGCAGAGGCAAGCGAUUCGGUUGCUCGGCAAGGCUCCUCCAGCUCUGCUUUUGAACAAGUUAGUGUUUAACAGAUGGAACCAGCAUCUGUUGGACAAGAUCACAGGAAAGAAGCCGGACCGUGGAAAUAUUGCAUGGGAGGAUAGCGAGGCCGAACUGACUCCGACCGAAUUGUCCAAGGAAGCAGAGCAGCGUGUGAAGGAGUGGCGGGAACGACUGCGGCGUUUGAGGGAAAGGGAGGUGGAGAGUUCCAGUGAUGAUGAGGAUGAUGACGAUGAGGAGGAGGAAAAUGGUCAGGGUGGUGGCAGGGCAGCAGAAGGACACAUCUCACGUCUAAGACAUCAAAGUGAGCUCCUUGAAAUGGAGAGGGAACUGAAUGAGACAUGGAGGAAGGCCACGCGGCCUUCCAAGUGGAUGGCACAUUCUUACUUGGGGGAGGUGCAAAGGGCAGCAAAGAUCAUGACAGUGGAGCACGCUGAGAAGUACAUUUCUGCUCCAGCCAAGGCGUGCGCUCCUGCCCCCCAAACAGCGAAGCGUGGCAGAGGGAGACCACGAAAGGCCCCACAGGCAGGGGAGGAGGAUGCACCGACAGGAGGUUCCGGUUGCGAUGAAGCUGAUGGCGGGGAAGAUGAGAGGCAGCAGCCCAUGAGCCACUGAAACGAACCCGUGGCAGACCACGGAAGGCCCAAAAGCUUGUGGAGGAGGUGGUUGAGCAGGGGGCCAUGGAAGAUGAAGAAGGCGAGGCAAACAGUGGCGAAAGUGAGGAGGGAGAAGACGAUGACGAGAGCUAUGACUCCGAAGAGGAGCCGCUCGCUGUCAAACUGCGCAAAGCAUCGGACUGAACUGGGGGGGUUGUGCUGCCUGUGAGAGAGAGAGAGAGAGAGAGAGAGAGAGAGAGAGAGAGAGAGAGAGAGAUUUUAAGAUUUAUUUGCAAGAGAGAAGGGGGGAGUCUGAGAGAGAGAGAAGGUUUGACGUGUGAAAGGAACCACAGUCCGUGGAGUCCGUGUUUUUGGCUGUGCACAAACCCCCAUUUUGUGGUUUCAAUUUUUGAACCGUUCAAACCUCGAACUUUCAAACUGCAAAUUCAAAACCCCCUGAGUAGUUUUCUGUUGUUGCUCAAACAUUCAAACUCCGRGAGUCUGUGUUUUUCGCUGUGCACAAACUCCCAUUUUAUAGAUCUGGCAGCACUAGUACGUAGGGAGAUGUAGUCCCCUGGACUUGAUCCACAGGACCAUUUUAGGACUCUGUAUGAGUAGGGGACACCUGUACUGUAGUAGUUUGGGACCGGGUAGAUAGGAGGGAUAGUCCUAGUGUAGAGCCAGCAGCCUCAGAGCCGCGUGGGGCUAUGGAAAAGUCCCAUAGGCUUUUCACUGUUUCAGCCUGUAAGCAAAACUGGAUAAUGCUUCCAGCUCCGGGUGUAAUGUGGAGGUCCCCGACCUUCAGCUUGUUUGUGAAAUGAAAUCAAAUUUAAAUU